GGGCGGGGCCUCCCUCGGCGGCGCUGGGCUGGGCCCGGCGGGCUCGGAGCGGCGAUUCCCGGCGGUACCGGAGCGGCUGGGCCGGCGUGGCGGUACCGGCCUUGGCGUCCUGCCCCUGCCCGCCGCAGCCCUGGCCGGCCCUGCCAUGCUGGCCGCAGAAUGGCCCCUGUGGAGCAGGACGCGCUGGCCGUGCGGGAGCAGCUCUUCCACGAUAGGGUCCGCGAGUGCAUCAUCUGUGCCCUGCUCUUCGCCAGCCUCUACAUCCUCUGCCACUUCAUCAUAACCCACUUUAAGAAGCACACGGAUUUCACAGCAGUUCACGAUGACGAGGAUGCUGCUGUCAACAGGAUUGCGUUGUGGCUCUGCACCUUCACCCUGGCUGUGGCACUGGGUGCUGUCCUGCUCCUGCCCUUCUCCAUCAUCAGCAACGAGGUGCUGCUCUCCUUCCCCCAGAACUACUACAUCCAGUGGCUGAACGGGUCCCUCAUUCAUGGCCUCUGGAAUUUGGUUUUCCUUUUCUCCAAUAUGUCCCUGGUCUUCCUCAUGCCCUUUGCCUAUUUCUUCACCGAGUCAGAGGGGUUUGCAGGAUCCAAGAAGGGCAUCAUGGCCAGGGUGUAUGAGACCUCGGUGGUGCUGCUGCUGCUGACUCUGCUGGUGCUGGGCAUGGUCUGGGUGGCCUCUGCCAUCGUGGGCAACGACGCUGCCAGCCGCCAGUCGCUCUACGAUCUCUGGGAAUAUUAUCUGCCCUACCUCUACUCCUGCAUCUCGCUUUUCGGUGUCCUGCUGCUGCUGUUGUGCACCCCCUUUGGCCUCUCCACAAUGUUCACUGUCACUGGGAAGCUGCUGGUGAAACCCCGGCUCCUGGAAGACCUGGAUGAGCAGCUGAGCUGCACGAGGUUUGAGGAAGCCGCUGUGUCCCACAGGAUCCGCUCUGGCAAAGCUUCCUGCUGGCUGAAUCUGGACAUGGCAAUGCUGCGGGAGCAAUUCUUUGCCAUCCGGAGCAAGAGGAGGAAGCUGGAGCUGCGGCACCGAGCAUCGCCCUGGCAGAGGAACCUGGGCUACCCCCUGGCCAUGCUGGGCCUCCUGGCACUGACAGGCAUCUCUGUGCUCAUUGUCUGCUUCCACGUCCUGGAGCUGCUGCUGGACGAUGCUGCCAUGCCACGGGGCAUCCAGGACGCGUCCCUGGGCCAGGUUUCCUUCUCCAUCUUCGGUUCCUUUGGAGCUGCACUGCAGGUUGUCCUCAUUUUCUACCUAAUGCUCUCCUCUGUCGUGGGCUUCUACAGCUCCCCCCUGUUCACUCGGCUGCUGCCAGAGAGGCAGGACACCCCCCUCACCAAGAUCAUCGGGAACUGUGUCUCCUUGCUGGUGCUCAGCUCAGCACUGCCCGUCUUCUCCAGGACACUGGGGAUCACCCGUUUUGACCUCUUGGGGGAUUUUGGCCGCUUCAACUGGUUGGGGAACUUCUACAUCGUCUUCCUCUACAACAUGGGCUUUGCUGGGCUCACCACGCUGUGCCUGGUCAAAAGGGUCUCCUGGGCAGUCCAGGCCGAGCUCAUCCAUGCCUUUGGUGAGGACAGGGACACGGGGACACGAGGGUGGCUGCUGGGGUGUCCCACGUCCCCCACCCUAACUCUCACUCUCUCCCUGUGUCCAGGUCUGCACAAGCUGCCGCUGCCCGUGACGCGCUGCCGGACCCACAGCAAGCCCUGCUAGGGCUGGGGGACAGGGACAUGUCCCCUCCCCCUCACUGUGGUGGCUACCAGGGUGGCUGCCAGCCACAGAGCUGGCCCUGAUAGCGCCUGGUGCCUCAGGGACAUCAGAGCCCCUCAGGGAAAGCUGAGACACCUUUGGGGGUCGCCCCCCCUGCUCUGUCUCAGGUGUUGUGCUACUGAGCCUUGGCCUUGAGCCACAUCCCCGAGGGGUGUGGGGUCCCCCCGAGGCUGUGCUGGCUGCAGCCCCCCCACCCCCCAUUUACAUACCUCGUGCAACAAUGGCUGGACCCCCCCGUCCCGACCUCCCCUGGCUGCUCCCUGGGGUCUGGUUGAGUUUUAAAUGCUGCCCCACCUGUCCUGACACUAUGAAAGGGGGCCCAGAGUCACUCCACACUCCACCCCUGUGUCACUCUGAGGCUGCAGGGGGACACUGGUUGUCCCCUGCCCACCCCGAGGUCUUUGGGGUCCCUAAUGGGGAGGCCUGGGGUGCAGGGGACAAGCCCCCCCCUCUCCAGCUGCUUGAUGUGAUGAUUAUGUCGGGUCUCUGUUACAACAAAACUUGUUUGGAGAAAUAAACAGUGACUGGUUUUUAUAUAAAAA